AUGAAGAAGAACAAUUUCUUAUUAUUGAUUCUUCUCUUUCUAAUUCAAUUUUCUAUAUCACUUUCUUCCUCUAAUGAGACUGACCAACAAGCUCUACUAGCUUUCCAAAAUCUUGUUACAAGUCCCACUCAUUUUUUGGCCAAUAAUUGGACCAAAAAUACUUCUUUUUGCACUUGGUUUGGUGUCACUUGCAGUCCAAAAAGGCAAAGGGUUGUAGCCUUGACUCUUCCUAAUUUGCAACUUCAAGGCACAAUUUCCCCGUCUUUGGCCAAUUUGUCCUUCCUCAGUGUUCUCAAUCUCCAGAACAACAGCUUCCGCGGUGGCAUCCCUUAUGAACUUGGCCAAAUGCCUCGCUUGCGAGUGAUUGACGUUAAAAACAAUCAGCUCAACGGAAGUAUACCAACAAGUCUAUUUCAACACCAGAGAGUUCAAGUAAUUUCAUUGGCUUUGAAUGAAUUCAGUGGUGAGAUGUGGAGAGGGCCAUGGUAUGUACCCCAACUCAGAGUCUUAAAUCUCAGGAAUAAUAGCCUCACCGGUAUAAUCCCUCCUUCUGUUGGAAAUGCGACGAAGUUGCUGAAUUUCAGUUUGUAUGGGAAUAAAGUUGGCGGGAACAUUCCAAAGGAAAUUGGGGAAAUUCCAUUGUUCAUAACAAAUGCUUCCAAGCUUCAGAUACUGGAGCUAGCACAGAACCUUCUGACAGGAACUAUUCCUAAUAAUUUGGGAUAUCUUCGUGAGCUGCAAAUACUGCUUCUACAUCAUAAUCAACUUACCAAUGAACCAAGAGAGCAUGAGUUGUUAUUCUUCAAUUCUUUAGCGGACUGUAGGAUGUUGAAAUAUCUACAAGUGGGUAACAAUCCAUUGAAUGGCGUUCUGCCCAAUUCUAUUGGGAAUCUUUCAUCUACUAUUCAAAACUUUGAAAUAGGAGACACACACAUCAAUGGCCUCAUCCCCACAAGUAUAGGCAACAUGACCGGUCUUACAUCCUUAAGCCUUGACGGAAACAACUUGACAGGGAAUAUUCCUUCUGAGAUUGGUAAGCUUAAACAACUCCAAGGACUCGAUCUAUCUAACAAUAAAUUGCAAGGACAUAUUCCAGAAGUGGUAUGCAAUUUGUCUGAUUUGGUUCAAUUAUAUCUGUAUGGUAAUGAGCUCUCUGGAUUAAUUCCAGAAUGCUUAGGAAAUCUUACCAUGCUUCAACAGCUUUAUUUGGCUUCUAAUAAAUUUUCAUCAAAAUUUCCAUUGAGCCUUUGGAAAAUGAGUGGUCUUCUCUAUCUAAACGUGUCACAGAAUUCAAUAGAGGGAGAACUUCCAUCAGAUAUUGGAGGACUGAAAGCCAUUGUAGAACUAUAUCUUUCCAGUAACCACUUUUCAGGCAUGAUAUCAACCAGAUUCGGGGAACUCCAAAAUCUGCAGUAUCUCGACCUAUCGAAAAAUUCAUUUUUUGGCCGAAUUCCAUUAUCCUUUGCCAACUUGAUAAACUUGGAAUUCUUGAAUUUGUCUUUAAAUGCAUUGUCAGGCACAAUUUCCCCAUCUUUGGCAAAUUUGUCCUUUCUCAGUGUUCUCAAUCUCCAGAACAACAGCUUCCACAGUGGCAUCCCUUAUGGACUUGGCCACAUGCCUCGCUUGCGAGUUAUUGAUGUUAAAAACAAUCAGCUCAACGGAAGUAUACCAACAAGUCUAUUUCAAAACCGGAGAGUUCAAGUAAUUUCAUUGGCUUUCAAUGAACUCAGUGGUGAAAUGCGGAGAGGCCCAUGGUAUGUACCCCAACUCAGAGUCUUAAAUCUCGGGAACAAUAGCCUCACUGGUAUAAUCCCUCCUUAUGUUGGAAAUGCCACAAAAUUGAUGAACAUCAAUUUGUCUGGGAAUAGAAUCAAUGGUAACAUUCCAAUGGAGAUCAGUUCCAUUCCUCCAACACUGUUUAAUAGCUCGUCACUACUUGGCAUAUCUCUGUCAUUCAAUGGCCUUUCUGGUCCUCUCUUGCUCGAUGAAGGGAAUAUUGUGUCAAAUCUGAAACAUUUAAGUAUGUCUAACAACCAAAUUUCUGGUUGCAUUCCUUCCAACAUAUGCCAACUCACAGAGCUCAAACUUUUGUCCGUAUCUUUCAACAAUAUCACUGGAGACAUACCUAGAAAUAUUGGUUGUUUAUCCAAACUCAAAAGGUUUUAUAUUGGUGAAAACCCAGUAGAAGUGACUAUUCCCACUUCAUUGGGAAAUAUUUCUACUCUGCAAUAUCUUGAUUGUGUCGACAAUUGGAUGAAGGGGCAAAUUCCUCAAGAAUUAGGGAAGCUAUCAAAUUUGAGAGAAUUAAGCUUUGCCAAUAAUUCUAAUCUUAUUGGUCAAAUUCCAGAGGCUAUUUUCAACAUAUCUUCUUUGGAAGUGAUCAAUUUUAGUUUCAAUAACCUCUCGGGGAGAAUUCCAACCACUACAGGUCUUCAUCUUCCCAGCCUUAAAGAACUUUACUUGGGAGACAAUCAGCUUGAAGGGGAAAUUCCAUUGUUCAUAACAAAUGCUUCCAAGCUUCAGAUACUGGCGCUAAAUGAUAACUCUCUCAAAGGAACUAUUCCUAACAAUUUGGGGAAUCUUUGUGAGCUAUAA